AUGUACAGAGUCUCAGCCUUGAUUGGCCUGUCGGCCUUAUUUCUGGCGUGGUUGCUGUACUUCUGCUUCUGGUCUGCGACCAGCAGGCUCCCCGCUGCCCCCGGACCAUGGCUCGCACGUUUCACCCGUCUGUGGUAUCUGAAGGCCCUGGUCAGAGGGGAUUUUGAGCAAGUGAACAUCGCCUUGCAUAGGAAAUAUGGCAAAAUCGUGCGCCUCGAGCCCAACUCGUACAGCAUCGAUGACCCUGAGGCUAUCAGAACCAUCUACACCAUCUCCAAUCCCUGGGUCAAGUCGAGCUGGUAUGGGCCGUCUUGUCCUCCUGGUACCACCACCAAUUUCAGCACGCCAGACAACAAGGAUGCUGCUCGAUUCCGCCGUAACUACGCACAGGCCUUCUCCAUGUCGUCGAUACUCGCAUUCGAGCCAUUGAUCGAUGAAUGUGGAGAGCUCCUGAUCGAAAAGCUCAAGACCUUCGCCAAGUCAGGCGAGACCGUCGACCUGACUCACUGGUUUUCUUGUUGGGCGUUCGAUUGCCAAGGUCACAUAACGUUCUCCGAACGUUUUGGGUUCCUUGUCAAGGGUGAAGACAUCGGAGGCAUCUGCGAGAGUCUGCGUCAACGGAUGUCCUAUGCGGCUUUCGUCGGGGUCUAUCCGGAAUUGCACCCAACCUUAUUCAAAAUCGUCAACUGGCUCGCCGGGCCGGGCACAGGUAAAGUAGACUAUACCAUCUCCUACACCCUGCAGCGUAUCGCACAACGGAAGGAGGGAGGAGAGAAGUUCGACAGAAAGGACAUGCUUGCCCAGUUUCUGGCCGGUCAGCAGAGGGAUCCCGCCAAUUUCUCCGACUGGGAUGUUCUCAUUGGAGCCUUUGGCAAUAUCGUGGCGGGCGCUGAUACCACGUGGAUCACUCUGUCCGCCAUCAUAUAUUUUCUGUUGAAGAAUCGGCGGUGUCUUGACAAGGUGCGCAAAGAGAUCGACGACAUGGUGAAAACAGGGUCAAUUUCGGAUCCCAUUUCAUUCCAUGAGUCCCAGCAGAUGCCUUACUGUCAGGCGGUGAUAAAAGAAGGACAGAGACUGUAUCCUGGCACCGGGCUGCCAUUGUUUCGCGUUGUCCCCAAGGGUGGUGCGAUGAUCGCUGGAACAUACUUCCCUGAAGGAGCAGUGGUCGGCAUCAACAAUUGGGUCGCCCACUACAACAAGGACGUCUUCGGUCCUGACGCCGAUGUCUUCCGGCCAGAGCGCUGGCUCGAGGGUGAUACCACGGCCAUGAACCGCUAUUACAUACCCUUUGGAGUCGGUCCCCGAGCCUGUCAAGGCCUGAAUGUUGCCUUGAUGGAGAUGUCGAAAUUCGUCCCGCAGCUCGUCCGCCAUCUCGAUUUCGACUUACUCAGCGAGUGGAAGACCGAGAAUCGGUGGUUAAUGUUCCAAUCCAACAUCAACGUCAAGGUCAAAAUGAGAGAUUCGCAGGUUCGAUAA